CCUCCAUUCCAAACAACCUACAACCUAAUCCAGAAUCCUUGUUCUUCAUCCGACAACAAUUUUCUUCUAUCUCUUUUUUCUCCUCCCUUUACGGUGUUUCUGGUCAUAGAUAGAUAUAUUGUUUGAUUCUAUCCAUGGGUUAAAGUUAAAUCUAAAUCUGAUCUAUGCGUUUUAGUGUUGGGUUAUUCGAUUUGGAAUUGCAGUCUUACAAUACUCUCCGAUUUGAUUUGUUGGGCGUGUAAGUCUUUGGGGGUUUCGAAGAGCAUAGAAUAAUGCCUUCGCUACCCGGUCUUCUCCAUCUGCUUCCUUCCUUGAUCAUUUUCCAUGGUGGAUCUUCCUUUCAUCGUCUGAAAAACUUAGAAAAAAGUGAUCGGCGUGGUAAUCUUAGUUAACGCUACGACUCUCGUUUUCUCCGCUUCUCUUUUCUUUCCCUCUUUAUCGUUGUUGUUGUUGGUUCUGCUCCAAACGAGGUGUGAUUAUUCCGUCAACGGAUCGAGAUCCAGGGUCUGGUUUUGCUGUUCUUUCUGUGAUUGUUGUUAUCAGUUCUGUUUAGAUAGCGUUGUAGUUGCAGUUUCAAACGUCGUUUUUAAAGGUGCCUCGGUACCUGAUACCAUUGAUGGACAUGUGCUCUCAUGACAAUUUUGUAAAUAUUCUUGGAAUGACUUUUAGUGAGUCACUACAUAUUGAAGAUGCCCAGAAACCUGUACACGAUCCCCAGGGUAAUGAUAUCUGUAGUGAGAGUGACGAAAAAUUGUGUGGAGCAAUUAACAAGCAAGAGACAAAAGUAAACUCGAUGUGUUUGACAAAAUCUGCAACCUUCCCAACUCCUAAUACAACAUUGCCUUCAAGCUCGUCUGAUGAGGAGGCCAAUACAUUGGUCACAGAAUCACUAUCUGAGCAUUCUGCUCAUCAAACUUACUCACGCUCAAUAUCUCUGCCUGCUCCUCUGAAGCUCGUAUCUGCCAUGAAAGGUAGCCGUGAGAAACAUGGGGGAUCACAGGUGAAACUAAAUGUGAAAUGGGCCCCCGAUGUGUAUGAUCCGAUACCUACAUUGUUAUCACACACUGUCAAAAGCAACAAGAAGCAACAGAAAUCUAGAAAGAAGAAGCCUGAAAAGAAGAAUGGGAAGAAGGGUCAAAAGGGAAAUUCGUCUCGAGGGGGCAACAGCAAAGAUAAGCAGUUUCGCAAGAUGAGUGGAACUUCUGGUUUGUGCUACAAGUCGAUGGAUUCUUGUGAUAAAGUGCUUGUAGCUUCUACUGAAUUAGAUGCCCUUGAUUCGAACUGUGGAACUAGCUUCUUGAAAAAAUCAGUUACUGAAGUGCACUACUCAGUUGCAGAAGCGCUAUAAGUGAAAAACAAUGAAUGGUUUGUAUUCUUUCCCUUCUCUGUGUAUAUAAAUAAGCACUGUUUUACUACUGUUGGCUUGUAUGUGAAAAGAAAGAAAAAAGGAUUGCAUGGGGAAAAAAAGUUGUUUGACGCUCUUAGAGUACGGACAGUGAAGUUUGUAUUUUUAUAUGCCAUGAUGUGAUGAGACAAAUUCUGGUAGAUGAUGCCAUUUCUGUUUUCAUGAAAUCAAUUUUAACUAGAGAUUUUGGAA